AUGUUCGACUGCCACGAUGAUGCCGCCUUCGAUCCUGAGGAAGGUCCACUAUCAGAGCUGCAGUUUACUUGGCUUGGGGCCUUGCAGUAUAUUCACAUUAAAGCUGGAACUCCUCAUUACUUCAGAGUGCCACGUGUGUCACUGAUUACAAAGCAGUUUGUAUUGUCCACGGCGAAGGAUGCGGCCCAGGUUCCAGAAGGAUAUGCUCUAGGCAACGUGGUGUUUGGACAGUACGAGCGAGAUGAGAGGGAGUGCAUGUUGACAGUGGAAGAUAUAGCGCGCGGGAUGCCGUGUGACCCAGCUGUGCUUCUGAUGCCGAUCGCGGAUGUCCUGCUACACCCGGAGUACAAGCACUUCGGUAUUAAGAGCAGCAUCGCUCUUUUGAAAUUACUGACACCUGUCAAGUCAAAGUACAUGCUGCCUGGCUGUUUGCCCUACAGGAAUUUCCUCGAAAGAAAUGGAAAACAACUUUAUGGAAUUUUGACUUACGUAGAUUUUGCUAGCGAGGUCCCUCGGGAUUUUGUGGAAGAAGAAAAAGAAGUUAUGUUCUUGGCAACAUUGACUGGCGAAGAUUGUUACUUAUAUGAUCACCCUAAUAACAAGACCUACUUGCCGCAAGAGCGCUUCUUAUGCACCACUGGAUGCGACUUACAAUCUGGAGCCCCAAGUCUCUUCCACGAGGAAACUGGUCACUGGAAUAUUGUGGCGCUAUCCGAAGGAGGAACGCCGUGCCCAGAUCCUCUGCGCUCUCGAGGUCACACGCCACCAUCGCGUCACAUCCGGCUGCAUCAAUACGUGCCCUGGAUUACUACCGCCAUAUCCGGCAAGCCUGUGGGAGCAUUCGCUAAGGACGAUCCGUUUGGUUAUAUAAUGCCCCGUGCCAUUGCGAUGGAGAGGCAUGCCAAAACGUGGGUGGGUCACUGGUGGAUGGGCGGGAUCCGGUGCUACGAUCGAGGUGACUCCGCGGCGGGCUUGUUUCGAUUCUACCACGAGAUAUUCCAAAUAUAUCCGGACACUACGAAUCCAGUUUUCCUCUCUUACUUUUUAGAGCUCACCUCCCCUUAUGCUUUCACCGUAGCGUGUGUGAAGGUUGGCAUGCCUUACCAAAUGCAAGACCCGAUGGUCUGGGGCUUAAACACUGUUAAUGUGAAGCUCCGAAUCCCCUUAAUGACAUUUACAAAGUUCUACCAAAUAGUUGUAGAAGGUUGGUGCAAUAAUAGCACUACUGCUGCGCAAGUUGCAGCUGAAACGAAAGAAGAAGAAGAAGAAGAAGAAGGUGAAUCAGAUGGGUCAUCUUCACCAGAAGAGGAACAUGAAGAAGAACCAGCGGAAGUAGAUGAAGAAGGAGAGAAAAUUGAAGUUGAAGGAAGACACAAAGGAAAAGGUAAAAAGAAAGAAAAAGACAAAGGAAAAGACAAAGGAAAAGGCAAAGGAAAGGGUAAAAAGAAAGAGAAAGAAAAAGAAAUAGUUCAAGACGAUAAAUCGGAUGAGGAAGCUUUCAAGCCACCUAGCCCUGGAUUCUAA